AUGUUCUUCCAAAUGCAAGCAAUUUCUCCGAUCAUUCUUGGGUUAACUGCACCAAUCGCCCUUACCACCGGAGCCAUUACCUCUCUAGUAGCUGCAUCCAUCAGUGGUGCCGUUAACUAUUUUGUCUUGUUGCCAGUAACUCAGGGGAUCAAGGAAGAGAGAAAGAAGGUCGCCAAGGAAUAUUCUGGUGACGAAUUGGAAUUGAAAGACGCACCGUUACGUAAGAGUUUCGGCCAAAGUCACGGAUUAAGUUUGUUGUUGAAUAUGACCAAUGUCUUGGGGACCUUGGCUUACGGUAUCUAUUUAUCGAAGGGGAUUUUCAAAUACAUCCCUAAAUGA